UGAUGGAAUUGACUGGGAUUCCUUUGCAAGUUGUGGUAGAAAACAAGAAUUCAUUUAGUUUGAAUGAAGAAGCUCUCAAAAGCAUUCUUCUUCGAGAUGAUGUUAAGGACAUGAAAGCUGUAGUCGUGUCAAUUGCUGGUGCAUUUCGUAGAGGAAAAUCGUUUAUGCUAGACUUUUUCCUUCGUUAUCUUUCACGAUAUAAUUCUGAUGAUUGGCUUGGAGCUGUCAAUGUUCCUCUUUCUGGUUUUAAUUGGCGUGGGGGAGCUGAGCGUGACACAACUGGGAUUUUAAUGUGGAGUGAACCAUUCAAAAUCAAAAUCCCCUCAGGGGACACAGUUGCCGUCCUUUUAAUGGACACUCAAGGUUCUUUUGAUAACUCAACUACAGUAAAGCAGUGCGCCACAGUUUUUGCACUGAGCACUAUGCUGAGUAGCGUUCAAGUUUAUAACAUUCAUGGAAAUAUACAAGAGGACAAUCUUCAAUAUUUGCAAUUGUUUACAGAGUAUGGAAGACUGGCUCAGCAAGUUUUAGACUCAUCUUGCAAACCCUUUCAGCACUUGGAAUUUUUAGUCCGGGAUUGGAGCUACCCAUACGAUUUCAUGUAUGGAUUGCGUGGCGGUAGUAAAUUACUUGAGAAAAAACUUGAAGUGAGUUGCUAUCCCUUAUUGUUGAUUCUUUCCUAUUUUUGA